AUGACCCUGCUCCUGCCGCCGCUUCUCAAGGCCGCUGUGUCACCUGGGUCAUCCCUGCCGGCCCCAUGUGGCCUCCUGCGUGCCCACAGUCCCCGCUCUCUCAAGUUCCCGUUCAGCCGGCCGGAGCUGCUGAAGGAGUGGGUGCUGAACCUGGGCCGGGCUGACUUCAAGCCCAAGCAGCACACGGUCAUCUGCUCGGAGCACUUCAGACCCGAGUGCUUCAGCGCCUUCGGCAACCGCAAGAACCUCAAGCACAAUGCUGUGCCCACCGUGUUUGCCUCGCAGGACCGGGUUCAGCUGGCGAGGGACAGCGCCGCGGCUGCGGGCGAGCGCGAGCGCGGGGACGGCAGCUCUGAGGGCCAGGUCCGCCCUGAGGCCGGGGCCGGGCAGGUCAGCCUGGGGAGGAGCGUGGAGGCCGCCCUGGGGGGGCUCCACCUGCCCCCCACCUCCGAAGGCCACGUUAAACAGGUCUUGCUGCCCAGACUCGAGGCUCCCGAAGCCCCGGGGCGGCCGGCCAGGCCUGCAGUGCGGAGGCCGCUCCCCAAGUGGCCAUCUGACCACAGCUACGCCCUCUUGGACUUAGACACCCUGAAAAAAAAACUCUUCCUCACGCUGAAGGAGAAUGAGAAGCUCCGAAAGCGCCUGAGAGCCCAGCGGCUGGCCAUGCGCAGGCUGGCCCGCCGCCUCCGGGCCCGCGGGGAGGGGCCGGGGCCCGAGCCGGGGCGCUGAGCCCGCAGGGCUCUGCGUGGUCCCCGUGCUGAUGGGGACACUGCCCGCUGGGACGCCGGGGAGCUGGUGUGGAGACCUGCCUAGAACGGCCCAGCGGCUCAGAGACGGCGGCUGGACACGCGCUGUCCUGCGCAGGAGCCCACGCCUGCGCCCGCGCCCAGCUUCUGUCCGCAGCUCGCUGGUGAGCUGGAGGAGCUGGCCAGGGGACGUCCAGCGCUCCGUCCUGGGCCCCUCCUCCGGGCUGAGCUCCUUCCCACCGCCCAGCAGACGGAGGGGCCCCCCUGCCAGCCACCAGCCCCCACCCUGCUGCGCAGACCUCUGUGUGAACACAGCAAUAAAGAAUC